AUGUCCGUGUCGCCUUCACGAAGCACGGCAUCCAUAUCGACAAGAACGGCAAUGCUAUCGCUGAAGGCGCAAGACUCGAGGAAGGGCUCUACUUGCUGGACGCUGAUCAUUCCAAAUGUCAGCAUCUCGCUCUCCUCUCUCGCUCACAGUCUUCCGUGCCCCUGCUGACCCUUCACCGCUGCCUCGGCCAUCUCGCACCGUCGUCCAUACAGAAGAUGGUUGCCGCUGGUUUGCUGGAAGGUCUCGGGCCGGAUAUAGUGACGAAGAGGUAGAGAAGUUUGUCUGCAAUGCUUGCCUCAGUGCAAAGGGCCAUCGUCUUCCUUUUCCCGAUUCGGACUCGCACUCCUCAGAGAGACUCGGCCUCGUACACAGCGAUGUGCUUUCCUUUCCCGAGUCGUCCUUGACUGGCAAGCGUUACCUGGUCACGUUUCUUGACGACUUCUCGCGCAAACUGUGGGCAUACGCGAUCGGACACAAAAGCGAAGUCUUUGGCGUGUUCAAGACAUGGCUUGCCGAGGUCGAACUCGAGACGGGUGCAAAACUGAAGGUCCUCCGAACCGACAAUGGUGGCGAAUACUGUUCGAGAGCGUUCACGGAAUUCUGUAAGGCACGCGGCACACGUCGACAAUACUCUAUCCCUCGAACGCCUCAACAGAACGGUCGUGCCGAACGAGUCAAUCGUUCUAUCGUCGAAGGUGUCCUUGCCCUCCUUGCAGACGCCCACUUACCCAAAUCAUUCUGGGAGGAGGCAGCAGCUUAUUUCGUCUACUGCAAGAACCUGUGCGAAACACUCGGCCCUGGACAAGGCAACACCGAACUUCGCCUGGCAGGGCGACCGCACCAACGCCUCGGCGCUUCACCCGUUCGGCUGCACGGCUUGCUCACAGUCGCGCCUGAACUUCGCUCGAAACUCGACCCGAAAGCGGUUCGCGUUCUCUUCACCGGCUAUGACCUGGCUUCUAAAGCCUUCCGUUCUACGACACGACGACCAAGAAGAUCAGUUUGGCAGAAAUGCCAGGUCCUCGACAACGAAUUUCCCGGGUUACGUAGCGACUCCACCGAGCAAGACGCCGACACGCACUUCGCCAGCGCUUGCCCACCACCGAAUCCCAAGCCAAGACAUGGACCCACUAGUAAGGUCGGCGCACAUGGACGUCUCAUCCUCUCUUGAUGACUCUGCCAUGAGCGCCGUUGACGUGGCCCCAGGGUACACUGGCGGAACCUUACUUAAUUCCACAGAUGCCGAAUCGUCCUCGUCACCGUCUCCUGAGCCGUCCUCGUCACCGUCGCCCGCAACCCCCUUGUCACCGUCGCCUGCGCUGUCACCGUCGUUGGCUGCGUCAUCGUCACCCUCGGCCUUACCGACCGACUCUGACUACUCCGCGACCCUCUGGAUCGGCUCACAGACCCGACUCGCCUCGGCCCACCGGACGUGCACCGCCCAGACUUCAGCACGUACCGUGAGCCCGCAUCGGCUGAGGAGUCGCCCGACGAACUCGACAUCAUUGGGCGCCACUCGCGCGAUGAAUCGCCGGACGAAAUCGAUUUCCUCACCCAACACCACCGCGCCUUCAUCGCCACCUAUUCGAUCAACUCUACUACGUCAGCGAUGUAG